AAUAAUGGCCUUUAGAAAUAUUUAUACAGGUGGUGCUUGCACUGCUGAUGGAACUUAGUAGAUGAGUUAAAAUCCAUUCAAACAAUUUAUGGAUAGGAUGUUAUUCGGCUAAACACAACAAUAGUAUUUAGUUAAUAUAAGAAUCUUAGAUAAAUAUAAUAAUAGAUCAAUGUCUAAUAAGAUCCAAUGGUGUAAUAGAAAUUAUAAGAGCGCUAACGAUUAUUUGAAAGUAUGAAUUAACAAUGGGAUGUCAUGGCUAAACAAUAUGAUUAAGCAAAUAUAGAAUAAAGAUAAAUGAUGGAAAAGAUGUUUGUAGAAGAGUAAAGAAAAUAUGAAUAAGCAAUGAUUUAGUAAUAAAUGAUGAUGGAUUUUUAAUGGUAAUAAGCAGAAAUCUAAUACUAAGCAGAUUAAAUGGCUUAAGAAUAUUUAUUUUAGGAGGCUUAUGAAAAUGCUGAGGAUGUAUAAGCAUAGAGUGAAAAAUCAUAAAAAUUUGCUGAUGAUCUAGUUUAAGCAUUAGAAAAAGAUCCUGAUCCAAGAUUUUAAUAAUCUAAAUUUUUAAGAUUUAUGAAGGACAUUUAGAAUGGAAAUCUUAAAUUGGUGGGCAAUGAAUUACUUACAUAAAAGGGUGAUAAAGUAGAAUAGUCAGCAUUGGAUAGAAUUUAGACUUUGGAAGAAGGAUGGGAUUAGGCUACAAAAAAUGUUGAAUAAAAAUAAUCAGAUUUAACAGAGGUUGAAGAGAAGUUUUCAAAGAUGUGGGAUGAAAAAUUAGAAAAAUAUGAAAAUGAAUUAUAAAAUGAAGAUUAAUUUUAAAAGAAGCUUGAAGAUACUUAUUAAUAAAUUCUUAAAGAAAUGGAUACAGGAACAGAUUUUGAUAAAAUGUUUUCUGAUGCCUGGUAAGCAGCAUCAGAUUUACAAGAAUUUGAAUUAUAUAAAGAUUCUAAUGAUACUUAUAGAUUUUAAGAGAACAAUAAAUAUUUGAAUAUGGAUUUUCCUUUACAAGCAGCUUUGAAUUUAGUACAUUAAGGUUAAAAUACAGAAGCAAUUCUUGCAUUGGAAGCACAUAUACAAAAAAAUCCAGCAGAUUCUAAUGCAUGGAGAAUUUUGGGUAGAUUACAUUAAGAAAAUGAUUAAGAUCAAAGAGCUGUGGCUGCCUUCUUAAAUGCUUUGAAAUAAAAUCCAAAUGAAUUAGAUACAUUAAGUGCUUUGGGUAUAUCUUGUACAAAUAUUUUGGAUGAAGUAAAAGCAAUGUCCUUUUUAAAAUAAUGGUUAAUUAGGAAUCCAAAUUAUAAGGUUGCUGUAGAUGAUAGUAUUGUACCUGAUAAUACAAAUAUAUAUGAUUAUACUUUAGAUUAAAUAAAAUGCAUGAAUGCAAGAAUGAUUCAAGUUUUUGAAGCAGCUCAUUAACAAGGGCCAAAUGAUGUUGAAUUAUUAAAUGGAUUAGCUGUACUUUAUUUUAUUGAAAGAAAUUAUUAAAAAUCAGUAGAGAUAUUUAAGAAAGCUCUUUAAAUUGAACCUAAAAACUAUUAGAUUUGGAAUAAAUUAGGAGCUACAUUAGCACAUCUAGGUGAAGCAGAUUAAGCCAUGUUUUGUUACCAUAGAGCAUUAGAUCUUAGACCUAAUUAUGUAAGAGUAUGGGUUAAUUUGGCAUUUGCAUAUUCUUAUAAAGGAGAAUAUUUAGAUGCUGCAAGAUUAUAUUUAAGUGCCCUUAUGAUUAAUCCAUAAGCUAAACAUAUAUGGGGUUAUUUAUAAACAGCAUUUUUAUAAUUAUGUAUAAAUUAGUUUUAUAUGAAAUAGAAAGACCUGAUUUAAUUUCAAAGAUUUAACAUUAUGAUCCUAUGUUAUUCAAAGAUGAAUUUAAUGUUACUAAUCCUAACGAUUUGCCAGAACCUGAAAUAUUAUGUAAUAUUCUUAAAUUUAUGAUUUCAUAGAUAGAGAAGCCAAUAAUUUAUAUAUAUUUAAAAUGCCUGAAGAAGAAUGGCUAUAGACUUCUUAAAAGAAACCAUGAGAUGAAU